AUGGGCAUCAUCAACAAGAUCGGUGGAGUCUUUGUCGACCUCUCAGUAAUCGCUUGGGAUAAUGGCAUUGCCCUGAUGAAUCUGUUUACGCCGAAGUUGAAAGAUGGCCAAGUCGUACCAAAAGGAAGUCCUGGCCACAACCUCACGUGGCCUGAAUAUGUCCCUCCAAAGGAAGGCGAUUCCAGAUCAGCCUGCCCGAUGUUGAACGCCAUGGCAAAUCACGGCAUCCUCCCUCAUGAUGGAAAGAACAUCUCCUUCAAAGAGAUGAACCAGAAGAUUCGCGAGACGUUCAACUUUGCAGCAUCGUUUUGCUUCUUCGUGCCCAACUUCUCAGCGCGAUUCCUGAACAAGUCAUACUCCAAGGACAAGUUUGAUCUCGCGGAUUUGAGCUUGCAUGCGAGCAAUGCCAUUGAACAUGAUGCCAGUCUUACCAGGCAAGAUGUUGCGCUUCAGCCGGACCAAGGAAAGCCGGAUCUUGAUCUCGUCCACGACCUGUUGAAAGAAGCGACUGGGACGAUGCCUGACGGUUCCCCGAGACUGACCAAGGCGGAUCUGUCGAGAGCGCUGUCAAAGAGGAGGGCAGACGCAAGGCGUACGAACAAGGAGUACUCCGAGAGCUUCUUCCAUAACAUGUUUGGAAGUGCAAAGUAAGUCGAGGCGGAUGCCUGCAGAUACGAUGGAUGCUGACAUUCUUGAAAGCUCCUCGACCAUGUUGACGAUCUUCGGCGGCUCCGUCUCCGACCUGACACCCAUGCUGACCGAGGAGCGCUUCUCCGAACAUUGGGAGCCACGUAUUCUCGACAAGUACGGCCUGACUAUGGCCAAGUUCAACGGGACGGUCAUUCCUGUCGAGCGGGCUGUGGAUCCGAAGAAAUAUGAGAAGCAGAGUGAGGCAGCAAAGACAAACUGA